UAAAUAGCACACACACACUCUGUGUAAGCACGCACAAUCAAAAAGCUAUCUCUCGCCUAUACGUAUACACAAUCGUAUAAAUCGGGGUUUCUAGGGUUUCUUUCAAUGGCAGAGGAGAAGGCUAUGCGAUCCAAGGGCGUCGUCACCAAAUUCAACGAUCAGAAGGGCUACGGAUUCAUCCAGCCCGAGGAAGGAGGCGAAGAUCUGUUCGUCCACCAAACCGCCAUCAAAUCUGACGGCUACCGCUCCCUCCGCGAGGGCCAGGAGGUCGAGUUCACCAUCAUUCUAGAUGGCGAUAAGACCAAGGCUGCUGAUGUCACUGCUCCAGGAGGAGGCCCCGUCGACACCACUUCUCGGAGGGGGAAUAACACCAACAGCCGCGGCGGAGGCUUCGGAUACGGAGAUCGGAGGAACGACGGCAACGGAUACGGUUAUCGGAGCGGCGGAGGCGGUGGAGGAGGCGGUGAGUGCUUUAAUUGUGGCGAGGUUGGGCAUAUGGCUAGGGAUUGCUCUAAUGGAGGCGGAGGCGGAGGUGUAGGCGGUGGAAGCGGUGGAGGAUGCUACAGCUGUGGAGGAAUUGGGCAUAUGGCGAGGGAAUGUCCUAGUGGCAAUCGCGGCGGUGGUGGAGGUGGCGGUGGUGCUUGCUUCACCUGCGGGGAGCCAGGUCAUAUGUCGAGGGAUUGUGUGCGUGGCGGAGGCGGUGGUGGCCGCGGUGGUGGUGGUGGUGGUGAUUGUUUCAACUGCGGGGAACCUGGUCAUAUGGCGAGGGAUUGUGUGCGUGGAGGCAGCGGGGGUGGACGCGGUGGUGGUGGCUACAGCCGUGGAGGUGGCGGCGGUGGUGGUUUUGGCAGGUUUAGCGGAGGAGGUGGUGGUGGAGGCAACUGUUUCAGCUGCGGUGAGUCUGGACACUUCGCAAGGGAAUGCAAAAGCGCCUCGUGAAUAAGUCGGCUUCUAUUAUUCUCUCUUUUUUGGUUCAGUUGAUGCUAUUUUUGCUUUGCGGAUGGUUUAAUUAUGCUGUUAUUAUGGUUUUUGCUCUAUGUUUGGCGGGUAUUAUACCUAUAGAAUGAUGCUCCUAUAUUGUUAUGGAAUGGUUUUUUGCUACAA